CUCUCCAUCCACGAAGCUUCUUCAUCCGUCUCUAUAAAAGGCCCACUCCACCGACCUCCCCCAAAUCUGCUGCUCUUCACAUUCAAACCAUUUCGCUCGUCAACGUGUUUUUUUUCUUCAACUGAUCGACAGAGCUCUGUAUAUAUAUAAAAAUUGUUCCAUUUCAACCUCAUUUGAUAUAUAUAAUAUUUUGAUUUUUUACGGAUCAUGAACUCGAGCAGUUAUAUUGGAAUUACGACCAUGAAACCCUACUGUAGAGUUCUAACCAGCUGUAGGAAUUCCUCCAUUUUCAAAUUCCCAUCUUCAAAAUCAAACCAUUUCAUUGCUGAUAAUUCGUCGAAAUUUCAAUCCAAGUUGAUCCAUAGCCGGAGAUUCCACUGUUGUAGCGCUCAAAUUCUGGGUAAGAAAUGUGGAAUCAAUUCGAAUCGGAGGGCUUUUCGGUUGUCCGAUCCGAAUUGGGGCCAAAUUAGGGUUUACAGAAGUUGUAGUGGUGCUCAUGGAGGUAGGAGAGGUGUUUUGGUGAUCUCGAAUGUGGCGUCGGAUUUUAGGAAGCAUUCGACGUCGGUGGAGAGUCAUGUGAAUGAGAAGGGGUUUGAGAGCAUUUAUAUCAAUGGUGGAUUGAAUGUGAAGCCAUUGGUGAUUGAAAGAAUUGAGAGGGGUCAUGUAGAGGAGGAGUCGGGCUUAGAAUUUAAGGACCCGGAUGUGAAUUUUGAUCAUUCAGAGGGUUUGAAUAAGGAAAAGGUUGAGAGAGAGGUGCCCGAGAUUGAAAAAGAGGCAUGGAGGCUGUUGAGAAGUGCAGUUGUGGAUUACUGUGGAAAUCCGGUGGGGACUGUUGCAGCUAAUGACCCAGGGGAUAAGCAACCGCUGAAUUAUGAUCAGGUCUUUAUUCGGGAUUUUGUCCCAUCAGCGCUUGCAUUCUUGCUUAAAGGAGAGGGAGAGAUUGUGAAGAAUUUUCUCCUUCAUACAUUACAGUUACAGAGUUGGGAGAAGACUGUGGACUGCUACAGCCCUGGGCAAGGGUUGAUGCCAGCAAGUUUUAAAGUUAGAACUGUGCCUCUUGAUGGCGGCAAUGGAGCAUUUGAGGAAGUUUUGGAUCCUGAUUUUGGUGAAUCAGCGAUUGGGCGUGUUGCCCCUGUUGAUUCUGGGUUGUGGUGGAUCAUUUUGUUGAGAGCUUAUGGAAAGAUCACGGGUGACUAUGCAUUGCAAGAAAGAGUAGAUGUCCAGACAGGCAUAAGACUGAUCCUUAAUUUAUGUUUAACUGAUGGGUUUGACAUGUUCCCUUCUCUUUUAGUCACUGAUGGUUCCUGCAUGAUUGAUAGACGCAUGGGUAUUCACGGCCACCCUCUUGAAAUCCAAGCCUUAUUCUAUUCAGCACUACGUUGCUCCCGUGAGAUGAUCACUGUCAAUGAUGGAACCAAGAAUUUGGUGAGGGCCAUCAACAACCGAUUAAGUGCCCUGUCAUUUCAUAUCCGAGAGUAUUAUUGGGUGGAUAUGAAGAAGAUCAAUGAGAUAUAUCGUUACAAGACAGAGGAAUACUCUACAGAUGCCAUCAACAAGUUCAACAUUUAUCCGGAUCAAAUUCCUACCUGGCUGGUAGAUUGGAUACCUGACCAAGGUGGCUAUCUUAUUGGCAAUCUACAACCUGCACAUAUGGAUUUCAGAUUUUUCACCCUUGGAAAUCUUUGGUCCAUUAUAUCAUCUUUGGGUACUGCCAAACAGAAUGAGGGUAUUCUGAAUUUAAUUGAAGCCAAAUGGGAUGAUCUUGUGGCACAUAUGCCUCUUAAAAUAUGUUACCCUGCUCUAGAGAAUGAGGAAUGGCGUAUAAUCACUGGCAGUGACCCAAAAAACACGCCAUGGUCAUAUCAUAAUGGUGGAUCUUGGCCAACACUCCUGUGGCAGUUCACAUUGGCCUGCAUUAAGAUGGGAAGGCCAGAAUUAGCAAGAAAGGCAGUUGCUUUAGCUGAAGAGAGACUUUCAGUAGACCACUGGCCUGAAUAUUAUGACACACGAAAUGGGCGGUUCAUAGGCAAGCAGUCACGGCUCUACCAAACAUGGACAAUUGCUGGAUUCCUGACUUCAAAGAUGCUCUUGGAAAACCCAGAGAUGGCGUCCCUGUUGGCUUGGGAAGAGGACUAUGAGCUCCUUGAGAUUUGUGUCUGCGCACUUAGCAAAACCGGUCGAAAGAAGUGCUCACGCAGUGCUGCAAGAUCCCAGAUUCCCGUCCAGUGAGAAUUCCUUCAUCCUAAUUAACACUUCCAUUGCCUGUUGUAGUAUUUACCGUCGUUUAGGCAACCAUAGGACACAACAAUAAACACGAGGAAGAGCAUGGUGGGUGACUUGGUUUUAUACAAGAGAGACAAUGCUUCUCAGAUUCUUGGCUGACAAGUUAGUCCCUUGUAUUUUCUGACAGCCACUUUAGCUUAAAAUAUUUGUUAGAUGUAUGUACAUUCAAUUGAAAUAGAUGACUGAUAUGUAGUCGGAUGGAUGGCUGACGUUUUUAGAGAGCCUCUGCCUUUACAUGAAUGUUCUUCAAAUUGUAAGUUUGUAACCAACUGGUGUUGUAUCAACAUUUAUAUAUUCAUAUGACUUCAAUUUA